AAACAAGAGCUCCCACGCCGCCCCCUUCAAUCCUCGGCCGAUCGACCGCCCCGACUCCGAGCGCCAUCCAUCCUCCCUUCCUUCCUGCUGCUACCCGAACUCUCUCCCCUUUCCCCAAAUCCCACGAGAAUCCCGUCACGAACGCCAUGGCCUCCCACCGGCCGCCGGCCACGACGAGCCCCGAGGCUCCGCCGACGGUGCCAGCGGUGGCUCCCAAGGUUGAGGCGGAGUCGCCGUCGGAGGCCCGAAACCCUACCUCCCUUGGCUGCCCCCCGUCGCCGGAGAUGGAGGCCACUGCCGAGGCGCUUACGCGGGAGGAGGUGCUGCGCCGGCGGCGGCGCCGCACGGCACGGCUUUUCGGCGUGUACCGCCGGAUGUAUUGGGCGAUGGCAGAGGAGGUGCGCGCUCGGCACCGGCAGUACGUCUGGGAGCUCGGGCGCAGUCCGCUCGAGGCCGAGCAGCCGCCGUCGGCCGAUGGCGCAGAGGUGAAGCCUGGGCCGGCGGCGGUGCCGAGGAGGAAGAAGUGCGGGUUCACGGGGUGCAAGGUGCGGGCGAUGGCCAUGGCCAAGUACUGCCACUCCCACAUCCUCGCCGAUCCCAGUCAGUCGCUGUACAAGGGCUGCGCUUUCAUUAUGAGGAGUGGUGCACAGAUUGGGCAAAUUACUUGCAGCAGGCCCAUCCUAAAAGCGUCAGUUCCGUCCCUCUGCAAUGUUCACUUGAUAAGAUCUCAGAAGCACAUAGUACAGGCUUAUAAGAAGGUUGGCUUUAAUCCUCCCUCCAAUGGCAAGGUCUCCCCAGAUUUUAGUUUGUUGGUUGCUGAAUGUGUCCGUCAGAUCCAACAGAAAAGGAGAGAAUCCCGAAGUGCUCCAGCACGGUAGUUAUGCCCUAAAGAUGGAAAGUUGACUGAGCUGUGUCCUGAGGUCUCUUUUUUUGCAUAAACUUUAUGAGAAGUGUCAGGCAUCCCGAGGUUUACAGAGUGUUGAUAACUUUCUCUGCUGGUGACUGCACUCUUCCUUGAAAGAUAUACUCUAGAAAACACAAGUUCUAUGCAUGACUGGAAGGCAACAUGGGACAAAUGGUUUUCAGUUGAUUUCAAAUGUCAAAUUAAAAGUUGAUGAUAUCAUGAGCUCAUGGAGUUCAAGUAUCAACCACGAGGAGUAAUUACCCUAUAUGAAGGUAUGAUUUAGGUGUAUACUUGGUUGGCUCACCUGCCAACAACUUGGUUUGGAUCAUUAUCUGUGUGGUUUCUUAUGAACAACAUGGUGAGAUGUCAUGCUGUAUGUUCAUGCUUCACAUUCUGAUCUGGUCCCUUGUGAAGUAGACAAUUCUGUCUUUUCAGUUCAGGCAUGUAUAGAGUGUGGCGGCUAUCCUGUUAUUCAGCUUGGUGUUUUUUUGGGAUGUUCAUCUUGGUAACGAAUUCCUCUUUCUCCAGAUGGAGAUUUAGUGCAUUGUUUACAUGCUCAACAUAUACAUCUUUGGAAUGGUCAGAAAGCAUAGUAACAUUGGAAUGGUUUCUUUGUUCCAAAGAUGCAACGAAGUGAGAGUGAUCUGAGGGGUUUCCAUGUAUUGAUGUCAUUGGCCAAGAUUGUUGGAUACCAUUAUAUAAUUGAAUGUUUGGUGGUACCGAAGAUGCUCUGCGUCGGGGAUGGUUCUGCACAGGGCAACCCAGAGAACAGAGAGGAGCCCUCCAUGGCCCUACGUGUAAUAUGAGGUUUCGGCACAUGCUGAUUGCUGGACUAAUGCAUGAAUGUAAAUAAGUUGUGCUAUAUCAUGUGCACAUCCAAACAUUGAUGCAGGGAGAUCUCAAUUUGUAAUGUAGACGAAUAAAAAGGAUAAAAAUGAAGUGCCUGAGUAUAUAUA